UUUAAAAAAAUGUAGCGCCUCAUUUGAUCAUUCCAAUUCUUGCCUUCUCAAUUCUCAAGUAACACUGGCAAUAGGAAUAGGAUUGGGUAGUGACUAUUGACUAGUUAGCAUCACAAUUCACAGCUUGCACCACGUCAAUCAAUAAUCAUCAAUUCGUCAUUGAUUCUUAUUUCAUAACAACACCUGCACCGCAUCAUUGGUUCUUCAAUCUCUCCUUGGCUCCUUGCGUCUUCAAUCUCUCUUUUUAUUUUAGUUCUUCAAAAGGUAAAUUAACACUUCUUUUUUGUUACUAAUAUUUUAAUGAAUGUUUUCUUUUAAUUGUUUUAAUAUUUUCCCCUUUGCUAUUAUGCUGAAAACCCUUUUCCCCUCAAUUUAAUUAGAAUUUGUUAAGAGUGUUACUACUGUGUUAGUGUUGUUGCCUAUUUCGUAUGAUUUUUAUAGUUUUAAAUUCUUUUAGGUUCAAUGAAGAUGAGGAAGACAACUAUUGAAUCAUUUUUCAAAAGAAAAGAGAGAGAUGAUGAAGAAACACUGUCUAAUACACCAAUUUCAAAUUUAGAUACAAAUGUUGAUGAUGUUGCUGAAGUUGAUGAGCAACAGCCACCUCCUCCCAAAGCUUUGAGGACUGAACAAGAAACAAUUGAGAGUGGUCUUGAAGAUCAUCCUCGCCGAUUUCAAGCUCAUUGGUUUAGAAUGUUUUCUUGGUUAGAAUAUUCACCGGAAAAAGAUGCUGCCUAUUGUUUUCCAUGUUUUUUAUUUUCUAAAAAACCAAGUCCAUUCACUUCGGCAGGAUUUAGAAAUUGGAAGAAAGUGAAUAAUGGAAAAGAUUGUGCAUUUUUAUCUCACAUGGGGAAAAAUAUUAAUUCUGUUCACAAUGCUGCUCUUAGAUGUUUAGAAGAUUUCAAGAAUCAAUCAUGCCACAUUGAUAAAGUGUUGAACAAGCAAACUUCACAGCAAAUUCUAAGCAAUCGGUUGCGUCUUAAAGUAUCCAUCGAUGUGGUUAAAUGGUUGACAUUUCAAGCUUGUGCUUUUAGAGGACGUGAUGAGAGUUUGUGGUCAACAAAUCGAGGUAACUUUCUUGAAAUGAUUAAACUCUUAGCUUCUUAUAAUAACGAAGUAGAUCAAGUUGUCUUGGAGAAUGCUCCUCAAAAUGCAAAAUACACUUCACCUACUAUUCAAAAAGAAAUUUUAAAUGUUUUUGCUAGAAGGGUGCAAAAUGAAAUUCGAGAAGAGAUUGGUGAUGCAAAAUUUUGUUUGAUUAUUGAUGAAGCUCGAGAUGAAUCUAAGAGAGAACAAAUGGCUAUUGUUAUUAGAUUUGUUGAUAAGAAUGGAUUUGUUAAAGAGCGCUUCUUGGAUUUAGUACAUGUGAAAGAUACUACAUCAUCCACUCUUAAGCAAGAAAUCUGUUUAGUAUUGUCUAAUCAUAAUCUCAACAUUGAAAAUAUUAGAGGCCAAGGAUAUGAUGGAGCUAGUAAUAUGCGUGGAGAGUGGAAUGGUUUGCAAGCUCUUAUUCUUCAAGAAUGUCCUUAUGCAUAUUAUGUACAUUGUUUGGCUCAUCAGUUACAAUUAGCUCUUGUUGCUGCAUCUAAAGAUUCAAGUGAUGUUCAUGCUUUUUUUCAAAACUUGAGUAGGAUUGUUAAUGUUGUGUGUUCUUCUUGCAAACGCAAUGAUGAGUUACAUGAUGCUUAUGAGACUGAAAUUGCACGUUUGGUUGCAAAUGAUGAGAUUGAAACUGGGAGGGGAGCUAAUCAAAUUGGCACACUACAAAGACCUGGAGAUACUAGAUGGAGUUCUCAUUUCAAUUCAAUAUGUAGCCUUCUACGCAUGUUUAAUGCAACUACUUCAGUUCUUGAAGAUUUGGUGGUUAAUGGAACUGGCUCUCAACGAGGUGAUGCUACUUAUGCUUUCAGAGUAUUGAUGUCUUUUGAAUUUGUUUUCAUUUUACAUGUUAUGAAAGAAAUUAUGGGAAUCACAGACAAGCUUUGUCAAGCUUUGCAGCAAAAGAAUCAAGACAUUGUGAAUGCUAUGUGUUUGGUUUCUAGCACAAAGUCACUAAUUCAAAAGUUAAGGGAUUUUGGUUGGGAUUCUCUUUUAGAAAAUGUUAACUCUUUUUGCAAUAGCCGAGGUGUACCAAUUCCUGAUAUGAGUGCUACUUACUCUGACAUAAUUCGAACUCGGCUUAAAAAGGAUUCUGUGACAGUUGAGCAUCAUUAUCGUGUAGAUAUAUUUACUGCAGCGAUAGAUUAUCAAUUGAAAGAAUUGAAUAGUAGAUUCAGCGAGCAAUCAACUGAACUUCUUAUGUUGAGUGUAGCUUUGGAUCCUAAAGAUGCAUUCAAAUCAUUUAAUGCUUGUGAUAUUUGUAGUCUAGCUAAGAAAUUUUACUCUUCAGAUUUUUCUGACCAAGAAAUGAUUCAUAUGGAAUAUGAAUUGCAACAUUAUGAGUUUGAUGUGCCAAAGGAUCCCAAAUUUCAUAAUUUGUCAACUCUUGGUGAAUUAUGUCAAAAACUAGUAGAGGUUGGCAAAUCAAAUGUUUAUCCUUUAAUUGAUCGAUUGAUACGACUUGUUCUUACUCUGCCCGUGUCAACAGCAACUACAGAACGUGCUUUUUCAGCUAUGAAGAUUAUAAAAACAAGUUUGCGCAACAAGAUGGAAGAUGGUUUUCUUACUGACUACAUGAUUGUUUAUAUUGAGAAGGAGAUUGCACGAAGAUUUACAACUGAUAUGAUAAUUGAUGAUUUUUACUUCAUGAAACAACGACGGGCACAACUUAAGAAAUAAAGGUACAUACUUGAAUAACUUGAUCUUGCAAUAUGUUCGAUAUAUUUAUCAAAUGUAAAUAUGAGAAAUAAUUUUUAUUAAAUUAUGUUAAUUAUUAUCUAGUUUUGUCAGAUAAUAUGCUUUUGAUACUUUAAUUUUCAUUUAUUAUAAAUUAUAUAUUAUUUAUUCUCGGCCCCCCAGUAUUGAAAUCCUGGCUCCGU